AUGGAGCAGUUUGACGGAUUCGAGUACAGCAAACGAGAUUUAUUGGGUCAUGGAGCUUUUGCAAUUGUCUAUCGUGGAAGAUAUGUUGAGGUCAGUUGAUGAAACUAUCUGCAAAGAUCACUCUUUUUGGCUGGUUUUGUCAAGUGUUAUCUGGAUAUCUAUUAGAUCUUUAUAAAACUUCAAAAAAAUGAAAUUUUUUAAAAUUUGUAAUAUAGGGAAUUUGUGAACUACUUAUGAAAUUGGAUUCUAGAACUUUAUCGAAGUAGGUCAGAUCGGUCAAUCCAAGACCACGGUUUUAUCUUCUAGAAAUAUGAUACAAUUGCAGAGACCCGAUGUGCCAGUUGCCAUCAAGGCUAUAGCAAAGAAGAAUAUAAGCAAAUCGAAAAACUUGCUCACAAAAGAGAUCAAGAUUUUGAAAGAACUGUCAAGUCUGAAACAUGAAAACUUGGUGGCACUACUAAAGUGUACUGAGACUGCAACUCAUGUAUACCUCGUUAUGGAAUACUGUAAUGGUGGUGAUCUAGCGGAUUAUCUUCAACAGAAAACCACGUUGAACGAGGACACAAUCCAACAUUUUGUUAUACAAAUUGGUAUUGCAAGUCAAUAAGGUGAACCUAUUUUUAAUGUACCUGUUUUCAGCACGUGCUCUUGAAGCAAUAAACAAAAAAGGCAUCGUUCAUCGCGAUUUGAAGGUAUCUAUCUAAAUUAUGAAGCCAAGCAAAGUUAAAAAUUUUAGCCCCAAAACAUUCUACUAUGUAACAACAGUCGUACCCAGAAUCCUCAAUUUGCGGAAAUCACAAUUAAACUGGCAGAUUUUGGUUUUGCCAGGUUUCUGAACGAUGGUGUCAUGGCAGCAACUCUUUGCGGAUCACCAAUGUAUAUGGCUCCGGAAGUUAUAAUGUCAAUGCAAUAUGAUGCCAAAGCAGAUCUAUGGUCUAUUGGAACAAUAGUAUUCCAAUGUCUCACAGGAAAAGCUCCAUUUGUCGCGCAGACUCCACCUCAGCUGAAAGCUUUCUACGAGAAAAAUAGAGAACUUCGACCUAACAUUCCUGAAUGGUGCUCCCCAAAUUUGAGAGAUUUACUGCUUCGUUUGCUAAAACGGAAUGCGAAAGACAGAAUCUCUUUCGAAGAUUUUUUCACUCAUCCUUUCCUUAUCUGUCCGCCAAUGCCAAGCCCGUCGAAGAGGAUCCUCGAGAAUGCGGCUCGCUCCCCAAUUCCAACUCGUAGAAUAAUCACACCACAAUCUUCUGCUCUGCCACUUCCACGCAGAAUAACUAGCGCAGGAAAAAUGGAAAGCCCUACUAUAGGUCGAAGAUCAGCAGGUACUAUCGAUUCACCACGAGGACACAGACGGAUUAUCACUCCAUCUCUGAACUCACCGACAUCUUCCGGAGCUGGAGGUGUCAUGCAGGAGAGCACUGAUUUCACAUUCCUUCCACCACGGCAAGAAAGCAGCCCAGUAAAGCAGGUUUGUUUUUAAAAAAGUUAUUAGUUUUUUAAGUUUGCGGUUUGGUGAAAGUUAACCGAAAUUUGGUGUUUCCAGGUCCAAGUGCACACAAAUGUUUCCCCAUCACUAACCACAUGCAAACCUGUGCCGGUACCGAGUCAACGACUGGCUUAUCAAAAAAUGGAGGAAAGAAUAUCUUCCACAAAAAAAGCAACUGUGCCGCCACCCGCCCAUGAGAUCCCAUCUUCUCCAUUGUGCAAGCGUUCUACCUUUGAAUCUGAAGUGACGAGAAAAACAACCCUUCCAAAUCCUAACGCGUCUGACAUUGAGAAACUGACUAUCCCGCAACGUGAGUUAAUUUGCUAUUUCUGUUUGCAUUAUUAUGUACUUCUAUUACUGAUUUAAUGUUGCAAUAACUAUUUUCAGCUACAUUUGUUGUAUGCAGCUCCAGCACUCGACAGAAGGAUCAGUCACCUCGAACUCGUCGAUCCACGAUCACGUCGUCAGAGGAACCGCCUGUCCUUCCUAACCAUGUGCUUCCGCCAGUAGAAUCUUUCCCGAAGUCAGCUACUACGGCCAACAUCGAGGGAUUGCGGCAACAACGGGAUAGAUCAGAAACUGCACCAUCGUCGACUCCACGAGCACAGACUAUUCACGAGAAUGAGCCGUUGGACAAUGCCAAAUAUCAGCAAACAGAUUCGAAUUGUGCACCCAUGUCACCUGGAAGCGCUACACAGCAUACUUUCGUCAUCAAUAAAGACCAGCGAACGUAAGUCAAGCAUUUACUUUUGGAUGUACUGUUGAAAAAGAAAAGAUUCGACAUUCGAAUCAGAGUUGACAGCGAGGCAGGACACGUUUCCCCCAAACAGCGUGCGGCAGUUGCAGUGAAAACUGUUUGGGGGCGUGUCCUGGCUCGCUGCCAACUCCGAUUCGAAUGUCGAACCUUUUUUUUCAACAGUAUACUGUGUAUACAUCCAAAUGAAAGAGGGUCACGUGUGAUUCAUUCACAUCACGUAUUGUAUUAAUUUUUAAAUACCCGCUCUUCUCACAACAAUUGUGCUAGCAUAGAGGAUCGUUGCGUGUCUUUUUAUGGUAGCGGAUUUGGGACUUUUAUGUCAAGCUGUACAAGCAUCCACUUUGAAGUGCAAUUUGGGCGCAUGCCUUCCCGAUGAUUGGUUGUCUUCGAAAUUUCAUACAUGUACACAACAGGAAGAUCAACCCAAAAACAUUUUUUUCCAAUAUUACCUUAUAACCAACAUUAUUGUUACAGUGAUUCUUCCGACGAAGAAGAAGAUGAAGGGCGGGAGCCUGUGAGCUUACCUUUCGCGUCAGGAAGUGUUCCUGUUACGCCUAGACAUCUAGAUGAUGUGAGGAAAGCUUCCAAUACGAACAGUUCUGCAAACGUGUCCAAUAAUAUUAAAAAUAUGCCGUUCCCAGUUUCAAACGAUGCGCCUGCUCUCCCACCACCUCUCGAUCAGGAAAUCGUUUUGGGUGAAGAGCACAAGCAGAUUCUAGCCAAGUUGAGAUUUGUGGCUGAAUUAGUUGAUACCCUGAUGCACGUCGCUGAACAGAAAGAUAAUCCAUUGGCUUCUGCGAUGGCCAGCCGACGACAACUUCUGACCACCGGAAUAUCUACCACUAAUACGUCGUCGCCUUACCGGAGAGCAGAACAAUUAGUUGUGUAUGUGAGAGCUCUUCACAUGCUUUCAUCAGCGUUGCUCUUGGCACAAACCAACGUUGCCAACCAGAUACUGCACCCAUCAGUUGCUGUUCAGCAAAUUCUGAAUCAACUCAAUGACAAGUACCAUCAAUGUUUGGUAAUAGUUAAUAAACAGCUAUCUGUUAAAGAACAUUUAGUUUUCAGGUCCGAUCACAAGAACUGGCUUCCUUAGGUCUACCAGGUCAGGAUCCCGCAAUGGCUGUAAUUUCAGCGGAGCGAAUCAUGUACCGUCACGCCAUUGAGCUGUGUCAAGCCGCUGCUCUAGAUGAACUAUUCGGAAAUCCUCAUUUGUGCAGUCAACGCUACCAAACUGCUUAUAUGAUGUUGCACACAUUAGCAGAACAAGUCAACUGUGAUCAGGACAAAACCGUAUUGACAAGGUAAUUGAAUUAUCGAGAGACCGUGUAACAAUUAUUUAACAGGUACAAGGUCGCCGUCGAAAAACGUUUACGAAUUCUCGAGCGUCAGGGAUUUGUGGCCGCUGUAAACACAUGAAUAUUUCUCUCGAGAAGAAGCUUCUCUAAAAGCUAUAGACCUGAUCUUUAAAUCCCCCACCCUCACUACAUCCUAGCUUUGUCAUCCAUCUCAUUAGAUAUUUCCUGUUCAGUGAUUCACGUGUUUCAUUUUUGCUUUUGUCUUCUGUAAAUUAAGCCUGAGUUUAUAAAAUCUGCAACAGUUGAAUUAAUAUGACUAUUAAAAGGUAUCAUUCGAACUACGAAAUCACUCCACGCCGAAAGUAUUCUUCAGUUUUCACAUUUUUGGUCAGAAAUAAUAGAAAAGCUGUCAACUUUUAGUAACAUCAUGUGAGAAUCCAACAUAAUUCCGUUAUUGUGAUGUUCUCAUCUUCUAAAGAAGCUUUGGAGGUUACCAAAACCGAUUGAAAUACGCAUUCGCCAAUGCGUCGUCUCCACUUCAAUACGUACUAUGUUCAACAUCUAUGGGAGUGGCCCUUAACGAGAUGCGGGCACCUCUGUCUCUUCCAUUAUUCUUUUUUUGUUUCUCCUCUCCAAUUUCGGUCUUCAACGCUCUUCGUUUGUUGUUCAAAAUUUUUUUUGGAUACGAGACGAUGUUGAUAAGAGAGAAGAAACAAAACAAAACAAAAGUAUGAAUUAAUAUGUCAGAAAAUCUGUCGAAAUAGGAACGUGAGAAUAAUAAACCAUGAGAAUCUUGUCACAUCUUCGAACUAUUGAGCAUCGUGGUACUACUAUUGAGAAGUUAUUUUGGAAUCAAACACAUUGUUGGCUUUCUUAAUUACGUUUUUAUAAACUUUCGCUCAUUGUGUAUUGCGAUCUUCUUUAUCACGGCGUCUCAAUAUACAACAAUCACUCUGACCAGCAGCCGUUUUCUUUUUCUUCUCGUCGUUUUUCCUUCUAAAUUAAAGAGUCUUUGACCAUAAUACUACUUUUUGCUGCUUGCUUCUAGUUGUGCUUUUUUUUGCAGAGACUCGAAAAUUUGGAAAAUAUUUAUACUAAUGGCAUCUGGAUUUUCGAAAUUAAAAGCUCUCGCCUAUUGUCUUUUGCCUAUUGACUGUUCCAAUUCGAUCCUAAACGAGAAAUUUUCAUUAGUUAAAGUUAAAAGGCAAUGUCUGAGAACCACGACAUUCGCUAAUUACACCAGGUCACUAAAAAUUCAGAAUGAUUCAAUUUGUCCCAUAUUAUACCCAAUGGGUACUUACAUAACAGUGAUUCAUCAGACAAGUUUUGGUCCGGCUCCGAGGUCCCUAGUCCGAUCACGAUCCCAAAAUAGGUCAAAACUGUAACUAAUUUUUAAAAAAUGCUAACGUCUCAGACUCAACGCUAUUGGAUUCCUCGCAUCUUUUAAAGUAUUUUUCAUGUUGGCACCAAAAAUUUAGCACCUCUCCUUCAUGGAGCAAAAUAUUGUUUUGUGACAUUUUUCAGAAAAUUUUUCAGUUUUCUGCUCGUCCUGAAAAAUUUUAACACUACAUAGCCAUGAUUUUAUUGCUGAUUCUGAAUCUAGACGUUGUUGUGCUUCGGCAAAAAAAAGUUCACCCCGAUCACGAUUGACAUCAAGGGGUUUUUAAUCCGAAGUUCACAAAAUUCGUAGUACUUUUGCAUGGAAAAAUGUUCGCGAACUUGAGAAAAGUGCGUUUUCUCAAUUUUCUAAGGGGUCUGAUUGCGAUAUUUGUUGUUUUCGUAUACUUUUAGACAUUCUCGAUUUUUUGGAACCAUUUCGAAAAUUUAAAAAAAUUUGACCAAGUCGUCGACCCGGGCGGGGGUCAUGAAAAAAUUUUCGAGAAAAAAUUAAUUUUUGGAAAUGCUUUAGUAGAAAAAUUGAGAAUGUCUAAAAGUAUACGAAACAACAAAGUAUACGAAACAACAAAUAUCGCGAUCAGAACCCUUUGAAAAUUAGUUCGCGAACAUUUUUCCAUGCAAAAGUACUCUGAAUUUUGUGAAUUUCGGCCAAAAAACCCGUUGAUGUCAAUCGGGAUAGGGGUGAACUUUUUUUUUUCAGAAGCACAAUAAUGUCUAGAUUCAAAAUAAGCAAUAAAAUCAUGGCUAUGUAGUGCUAAAAUUUUUCAGGACGAGCAGAAAACUGAAAAAUUUUUUGUGAGUGUCACAAACCAAUUUUUUUCUCCAUAAAGGAGGGGUGCCAAGUUUUUGGUCCCAACGUGAAAUAUACUCAAGAAGAUGCGAGGAGUCCAAUGGCGUUGAGUCUGAAACGCUAGCAUUUUUUUGAAAUUAGUUACAGGUUUGACCUAUUUUGUGACCGUGAUCGGACUAGGGACCACGGAGCCGGACCAAAACUUGUCUGAUGUAUCACUGUUAUGUAAGUACCCAUUGGGUAUAACAUGGUACAAAUUGAAGCAUUCUGAAUUUUUAGUGACCUGCAGUUUUUGAACUUCUCAGACAUUGCCUCUUAAUAUUCAGUUGGAUCUCAAAACCUUAUAAAUAAAUUGCUCAGUAUUAAACUUUAAACUGCUAAUGAGUGAUCUGAGAUCAGAUAUUUCGCCGUAUGGCAAAGCGUAGUUGCCACUUUGAAAACAUUAGUGCAAGAAUUAGUGAAUCUACUAUGCUAUGAAACCUCCACGUGACUUAAAACUUGGUUCUGUCGAAAAGAACGUCCAGUUUUUCUUUCUUGAAUAGUCUGUAAUUUGGUUUUCCUCACAGCCCUUUUUGUUCAGUAGAAGGAAAGAAAAUUUAACAUGCGGAUAGAAUUAGUGGAGUCUUCUUGUAUCUUCUUUCUUUUUUCCAUUUUUUUCUAUUUGUAAGAGUUUUAAAAAAAUGAGGUGUCUCCCGAUAAGGUUUAGAGUGAAACAGAUUUGUUGAUUUCUCUGUAAACUGGUAAUACCAGACAGACUUCUGCCAUUUCUCUGCGAAUCUGGAGCCAAAUUGUUCCGCCACGCAAUAUUCUUUGGUUAUUUUUCACUUGAAGAAUAGCAUAACUUUUUCAUUACUCUUUUCGCGGCAAAAAAAAGCUCGGCCCUGAGAUCAUCGAAUCUUGUUUCACUCUAAACUUUAUCGGGAGACACCGAGCUUCUCAACAGAGCGGAUUUUAUGAAAAAUGUCCCCAUAAUAACAAUUCAUCAACAAUACUACAUAAGUGGUUUUGAUUCUUAGACUAGAAUAUAUAGGGUCUCCUGGUUUAUUUUUUGAAAGAUGUUUUAAAAGAUGCCCCGAUAAAACAGUCUUGCUAAAAAUCAUCCCGGCCCUGUUGAAAAUUUAAGAUUUGAGAAUUUUUUAGGCAAACUUGUUUUUCUUUAAUGUUUUCUUUAAUCUUUAGAGCCCAAAAAUCGUUCGAUAAUAAUUGUUUGUUUCAGAUAAUAGAUGCAAUGAAAACCUAUCGCUCUGUUCCCUUAUUCUUGAUUUUCAUCUCGGCCCUUGAGAGUUUAUCCGUUACUGCUGAACAAAAUACAGAAGUGAGAGUUAUCCGCAAAAUUCAGAAUGGACGGUGAACUGAUGUUAUACUCAGGUCAUUCGCGUCGUUUCUCAACGGUUAUCCUCACCGGAAGACACUUGCCCAUCAGCUAAACCAUGCGCACCCGGUGUCAUUCUCCCCGUUUGGCAGCCAUCAGUAUGGUAAACUGAUAAAUGCGAAGAAGAAAGAAAGUUUCAGCAAAACCUCAGUGAAUGCAAAGUAUGGUUUCGGGCAUUGGUAUAUCUUGUGGCAUUAGCAUACUUUUUCUUCGGAGUUUCAAUUGUUGCGGAUAGAUUUAUGGCUUCAAUUGAAGUGAUUACUUCGCAAACAAAAUCAGUCCGGAUGAAGAAGGUAUUUGUUUCAGCCGCAGAAGUCUCGCAAUCGCGCUCUACAUGCUCUCCACGUGAAUUCAGUGCUACACGAUGUUUCAAAGACUACGCGGCCGAACUAAUUCAAAUUUUCCCGCCGUUUUCACAUUGGCUGCAUAGCGACUCAGUCGCCUUUAUUCAACUGAAAUUUAACACUUGGCAUGGCGUCAACCGCGUAGCAGCGCAGGCGACGCGUAAGAUUUCUAUUAUAGAAUUCUAUGGAACGCGUCUGCUAACGUAGUCUUUGGAUCACGGUGUGCUAAAUUGCAAAAGGUCGCGGCUGCGGCCGAGAUUUCACGUGAAAUAGAGCGAGGUUUUCAGGAAAUUUCUGCAAAAUAUUUAAGUUCUACUCGUUGAAUGCAAGCAUAUUCAGAUUACUGGGGAGCCAUUUACUGUGCUUGUCCGAGUUUGGAAUGAAACCGUCAGUAAUCUCACUUUGAUGGCUUUGGGAUCAUCCGCUCCCGAAAUCUUGCUCUCUGUCAUUGAAAUUUUUGGAAAUAAUUUCGAAGCAGGUGAACUCGGCCCUUCUACUAUAGUCGGAUCCGCUGCCUUCAACCUUUUCGUGAUCAUCGCUAUCUGCAUUUUAGUAAGUGAAGUCUAAACUUUUAUGUCUCAUUAUUUUAAUUUUAUGCAAUUCCGAACGGCGAAAGUCGACGUGUGCAGCAUAAUGGAGUGUUCUGGGUCACUGUCAUCUGGUCAACGUUCGCAUACGUCUGGUUGUACUUGAUUCUGAGCGUGUUCAGCCCAGGAGAAGUCGAAGUGUGGGAAGGAAUUCUGACAUUCAUUUUCUUCCCUUUAACUGUAGGUACAGCGUGGUUUGCUGAUGCCCAUGCAGGAACUUUCGGACAAAGGUUGCAUGAUACGUUUAUUUCUGGAGCUUGUAAGUUUUCAGAAUGCUCAGCGGCCCUCUUUCUUCAUUCGUUCGUCGUUCGCCGCGUCGUUCUCCGAGCAAACAUAAAAAUGACAGCAUCGAGGCAGGAGUCCAAGGAGAAACACAAGCGCUAACCGGAGAUGCUGAUGUCCUGGCUUUUGAGAUUCACCGGAAGCACUACCUUGAAAUCUUCAAGAAGCUUCGAAUGGAACAUCCAGAUGCGCCAGUUGAUGAACUCGAAAAGCACGCCAUGGAGAAAGUAGUUGGAGAGCAGAAAAAGAGCAGAGCUUUUUAUCGCAUCCAAACUACACGGAAGAUGAUAGGAUCGGGAGAUAUUCAAUGCAAACUCAAGAAGAAUAAGACUCUUGAGCCACUUGUUCAAAAACAGAAUAUGGUGACUGUUGAGUUCGAUCCUGCACAUUAUACUUGUCUGGAAAAUGUAGGAGACAUUUAUUUAAAUGUGAAGUGUGACAGAGGGUCUGUUCCUGACGAUACGACGGUCACAGUUCAUUACAGGUAAAUUAGAAUAAUAAUAUCGGAUCUUAAAAAGGAGGUACCGGGGCAGAAAAUUUGAAAAUAAUAAGAAACUGCAGAAAUGUACCAUGACGUUGUUCCGUAUCAACCCGGAAAGAACCGAUUUUCAAAAUUUUUCCUCGAAUUUUCUUGAUUAUUUCAAAAGCAAAAUCUCUAGAUUCACACGAUCAGAAAUGUUUUCUCUCCAUGCACAUUUGACCGCACAUCUUUAUUCAAAGAACUCUUUUCAUAUAUAGGUCAUUGGAUAUUUUGGAACACGGCGGUCCAGAGUGAGUAAAAGUGCACGCGUCACCUUCGGAACCCCGUGUUGAAUUCGAAAAAAACAGAUUACUGUUGGGGCAUUAUCAGUGUUCGGAUGACAGAGUCUCAGAGACCAUAAUAUGAACUAAAUUGACAAUCGGAAAACGUUUUCGACGAUGCACGGUCUCCAGAGCUUACAAUGGGCGCAAGUGCGCUCCGCCCAAUAGAGCGAUACAUUGGCGCAAAAUUCAAAUUUUAACAGCAAAAUUAGUGUUUUUUGCCAGAUUAGCCACGAAAAACCGAUAAUUUAUGAUUUGUCUCUCGAUAGACCGAUUGUAUAGUCUAUUACGAAUUUUUUAAGCGCAAGAGCGUUAAAUUUUGUCAUUAAAUUUUGUCAAGUCGCAAAUCACAUUUAUCCGCUUGAAGGUUUUUGGCUAAAACUGCGUGAAUUUCAGUUGCUUUUCGGUAGUUUUCGCGGUUCGAUCGCUCAAAAUGCUAGUGUUUACGUGAUUUAUCAUUCUCAAAACCAAUUCUGUCUGAAAACGGUAAAGAAAGCGCAAAAUGAGAAGUGCGCUUUUUAGGCGGCGCGCCGCGGCGAUCGGCGGCGAAGGCGAAAAAGCGAAAUCCGCAAAAAUGCGCCAAAACGUCAUUAAUUCUUAGAAUUAGUGUGUUUUCACGUCGAACAAUCAUUUUUCAUCGCCUUUGACCACAAAAAUCAGAGAAAACCUGCUCAAUUCAUGAAAACGCCAUUUGGUCGAGGCCACGCCCAUAUUGUCAGCUUUGGAGACCGUGCGAUGUGAAUCUGGAGAACCCCUUUUUAACACACUUUUAAAUCAGAACGAUUGCGGACACUGCUCAAGAAAACUCCGAUUUCAUGCCUACAGAAGGAACAUUGACGUUUGAACCUGGACAAACAGAGUGCGUGGAAAUACAUUUAAAAAAUAGCCCGCUGCGCGGUCCGAGCUAAUUCUCGGAAGCGGCACGGCGUGCUGAAGCGUAUAGCGUACCGCAAAAAGUCUUGUUGGCUAUAAAUUAUCAUAAUUUAGACAAAAAGUGAAAGUUGGAAUCGUGGACAACGACAUUUAUGAAGACGAUGAGCAGUUUCUGGUCAGACUCUCGCAACUACGAGCCUUCAGAUCCGAACAUUUCUCUUCCAUCCCAUGUCGUCUUGGGCCAGCAGCUACAGCAACAGUCAUCAUUGUUGAUGACGAUCAUGCCGGGUGUUUCGGAUUCUCUUCUGAAAAAUUCAAGUGCGUCGAAAGUUGUGGCUCGUAUGUGGCAGAAGUAAUCCGCUCUCGUGGAGCUAGAGGAGAGGUAUCGAUUCCGUACAAAACUGUGGAUGGCGCUGCAAAAUCACCAAAUGAUUAUUCUCAUCGAGAAGGAGUUCUCAAAUUUGACGAUGAACAGACUAAGUAAGUAUAAAUAUUGACGGUAGCUCUCGCUAAUGAUUGUUACUCUUAAAAUGUGUGCACUGCGCUUUUCAGGGCUGAAAUCUAUAUCCCAAUUACAAACGACGACGAGUACGAAAAAAAUGAGGAGUUCUACAUCGAACUAGGGGAACCAAUUUGGCACAAAGAAAUUACUCAGGAUGUUAGAUUGAUACAGUUUCAACAAAUUAAAAUAAUUUUUCAGGAAGAAGGAUUCGAAGGAAAACCAAUUCUCGGAUUUUCUAGAUGUAAGGUGGUGAUUACUGAGGAUCGUGACUUCAAAAACUUUGUCGACAAAGUUCUCGUCACAGCCAAUACUUCUAUAAUGGUGGGAACGUCCAGCUGGAAACAGCAGUUUGCGGAAGCGAUAGCCUUGGAACCAGAAGAGGAAGGAAGUGAAAUUACAGUCAAAGAGAAGAUAUUUCACUACAUCGCUCUGCCGUGGAAGUUGCUUUUCGCGCUAAUUCCCCCUACUGACUACUUUAAUGGUAACUGAUAACAUAACUAUUUUAAAGCUCUGUUUCUUAAGGAUGGCUGUGCUUCAUUGUCGCUAUUUUUGUGAUUGGUCUGCUGACCGCCUUCAUCGGAGACCUCGCAGCAGCUUUCGGUUGUACUGUCGGGUUGAAAGACUCUGUGACCGCGCUGACUUUGGUGGCAAUGGGAACCUCUUUGCCAGGUUUCCCAUUCAACCAAUAGCCUUUUUGAAAGUCCCAAAUUCAGAUACGUUCGCCUCGCGAACAGCCGCUGUUCAAGAUCAAUGGGCAGACAGCUCAAUCGGAAAUGUCACUGGAUCCAAUGCGGUUAACGUCUUUCUUGGAAUUGGAAUCGCCUGGGCUCUUGCUGCAUGUGUCCACGCAUACAGAGGAACAAAGUUCAUGUGAGUUACUAUCAGAUGACGUGCGGAUUGCAGUAACUUUAUCAGUUCAGGGUAGCCACCGGAUCCCUCGCCUUCUCUGUGACAAUGUUCCUCAUCGGAUCAAUCGUUUGCGUCGCUCUACUGCAGUACAGAAGGUUUAAUCGGAAGGUGAACGGAGAACUUGGAGGUCCGACGAAUUGGCGUAUCAUAUCGGCUGGAAUAUUCAUUUUCGUUUGGCUACUCUAUAUUUUGUUGAGUACCUUAGAAGCUUAUUGCGUGAUCAAAGGUUUUUAA